AUGCGACAUUCAGAAUAUGAAGAAAUACAGAUGAGAAUAGAAGGAAAAAUCGAUGGAAAACGCAGAAUAGGGAGGAAAAAGAAGUCAUUGCUACGUAAUAUAAGAUAUUGGACCCAAACCGACGGAAACACCCUUGGCCUGAUGGAUAUCAGAACUAAUAUACACAAAAAAUACAAAAAUAACAUAAGAACGUGGGAAGAAAUAGAUGAACAAAUAAUAACACUAGAAAUUGAGAAAAACGGACACAGCAUAGUAAUAAUAGGAGCAUAUGCACCUAGCGAAGAUGCUGAUAAUAAUAUUAAAGACGAAUUCUAUGAUAAGCUACUAAAUACAAUACUUAAUAUAAACGACAGGAAGGAAAUUUGUAUACUGGGUGACCUUAACGGCAGAGUUGGUCAAAAGCAAAAUGAUCUAGUCGUAGGACAACAUGGGGAACAACCAGUUAAUGAUAAUGGUCAGCGAAUUAUCAACAUGUGUGAAAGUUUAACAUUAAAGAUCAUGAACGGAUUCUUCCCACAUAGAGAGGUACACAAGUUUACAUGGGUCCAAAGAACAAGAAGGCUUAGCUCUAUAAUUGACUAUAUGAUCCUGCGACAAAAUUCAAUUUUAAAAACCAAUGACGUUAGGGUAUAUCGUGGCAUAGAGUGCGAUUCUGACCAUUAUCUGUUGAUGGCCAAAGUGGUAAUUAAUUACAGGAGCUCAAAAAAGGAGAGAGAAGAGCACAAGGGCAACCAAGGAAAGGUAGAUUCGGUUAAUUACAACUUGGAUAGUCUCAGACAUGAAUCAGUACAAUUUCUUUAUAAACUUAGACUGGCUUCAAAAUUACAAAAUAUACAAAUAGAACAAAUUAAUACCGAAGAGUUAUAUAAAACCAUUAAAGACUCUAUACAUCAAGCAGCCGAAGAAGCUUUAGGACACAAGAAUAUCGAUGUACACAAAAUCCGGAAUGGUGGUCUGAGGAAUUGGAAGAGCUUACAAAGAAUAAAAAGAAAGCUUAUCAGAAGUGGCUACUUACAGAAAACCCUGAGGAUCAGAGAGCAUACAAACGCUGUAAUAGAAAAGUUAAAAGAAUUGUACGCGAAAAGAAAAAUGAAAGUUGGGACAGGAAAUGCGAACACAUCGAAAGGUAUAUGGGCGGAACAAAAGUAUCAGAGGCGUGGAAAGCAAUUAAAAAUAUUCGACGAGAAAAUAAGCAAUCUGCUCAUAUAG